UUAUGUUAAAAAAAUUUUGGAGACAAUCGAACUGUUGAAAAACACAAUCUUAAACCAUGCCAAACAGCAAGGAAACUGGAACCGAUCCCGAUCCUGUGGAUGAUCUUAAGUUAAGCGGUCGCGAUAGCGUCGCCUUGAAGGAUCUGCUGCAGAAGCGACUUUUGGAGUGCGGAUGGCGCAAGGACAUUGAGGAAAUGAUACGCCACACCAUCGAGGAGCGCGGAGUGGCCAACUUGAGCCGCGACCAACUGGCUGCCGAAAUAGUCCCCCAUGCUCGCGCUCUGGUGCCUGAUGUAAUCAAAAAGGAGAUGCUGAUGCGCGUGCGCGCCGCCCUGGAAUCCUCGCUUCCUCCGGAGAAGAACUGACUGCCCAUCAAGUCCCUUUCCGAAGACCAGAAGGUUCAGCUGAGCAUUUAACGGAUUAAAACUGCAUGUCUUAAAUUCUA